AUGCAUCGUCACAAGGUCCCGUCCACUGGCGGUGGCCGCAACUCCGUUCACAUGGUGCAGCAGGACCGCAGCAAGAUCCCCGCUUCCGGCACCCCGUGCGCCACUCGACACCCCAUCUCAACUGGCUACCAACGCCAGCACCCCAGCGGCACACCGAACCCCGACAGGCCCGUUCCCCACCGUCGGCGCAAUUCGCAGCCAACCCGUUCCACCGCCUCCGUCACCUCGUCCCCGUCCAUCCAGCAGACGCUGACGCGAUCGGCCGGUGAGAAUAUGACCGUAGCUGCGAACCAGCGCGUCACCGAGUGGCUGCGGUCGGCGGGAUCGUUGCCCGAGGAGGUAGAGGAUGACGCGUUGCCGCACCAAAGACCGUCUGACGGCCCAGCGGUGAACUCGGCGACACCUCAACCGCGCUGGCACGCGACUCGCGGUGUCACGACUGCCAUGUUUCAGGCGCACCUUCCACCCGUAACUCGUCACCACUUCCCCGCCCAGCCCGCUCCUCCAACCACCGCUGCCGUCCCCCUAAUGCGUCCCCCCACGGUGAUGACUACGGCCGCCUAUGACCGUCGCGUCGUCUCCAUGGUUCCCACGCCGCCGCCACCACCCAUGCACGGUCAUGAAAGUGCUUUCACGAACCUCCUCUACGACAUGUCGUGCAACGUGGUGCCGCAGCAGCUCCCAACGGGCAUGGCCGCACUAGCGCUCACUCCGCGUCCCGCGCCUCGGACAAACGUCCACGCCGUCGCAGGCACGAUGCCGCGUCUCUCCGGUCCGUUCGCGAAGCCGCCGCCGUCGCAGCAGCAGCAGCAGCCUGUGAAGAAUGGAAACGCGGCGAACGGCGCCUCGUCGCCCGACACCGAGAUAACGACAAACUCGUCCGCGUCGAUGUCCUCCUACUCCGGCGACAGCGAUGCCGGCAGUAACGAAGCGGACGCCGCCUCGUCGGCCAGGGAUGCGCCAACUUACUCGAAGGAGGACAUCUUCGAGCAGCAUCCUUUUCGCCCCAACACGGUGUUACCUGUGGACGAGUACACCUUCACGGUACCGCGACAGCAAGCCGUGUUCCAGAGUCACCAACAGCUCUCCGAUGGACCCAGCGGUUGGGCCCUCUCACAGCCUCAACCGGCCUCUGCAAUGCUGGUCGACGACCUCGAUCAGGCUCCGCCUACUCCGCCUCCACGCCUCGCCUCCGCCAUGAACACCAUGCACUUCAGCAGAGGUCAGCAAUCGGCUCCUGCGGACGGCAUGGCAUGGCAGAACUGUGAGGUAUCCGCGACGUCGGGCUUCCUUCCACGCUGUCAUCCGCUGCGACAGCCGAAGAAGCUCUCCUCGUGCGCCAGUCCCACGCUAAACUCCGUCGUCAGUGCAGAUGGUGAGUUCUCGCUCCGUCCCAAGUCCCUCUUCACGCCCCUCAUUCAAGCCGUUUUAACUCGAGUUAACGCUAGAACCUGCUACCUCUUUGAACUUGCGCUAACUCAUCUGGCAGUCGUUGACGUCUUGCCCGCCAUGCGAAUCUUGUUCCAGUGUGGUAUUUGUGGUUUUCGUCAAUUACCGUCCCACCUGGUCGGUGUGGGAAGGAAGAGGAGGCGAGGGGGGUGGGGUGGGAGGCAGGGAGGGGAAGGAUCAGUGCGCGAGAGGACGCAAUUCCUGAAGCAGGUGUUGCGUCGCGUCAGCGCAGCCGAAGUACCAUCGGGCAGGUUCGAUCGGUCGAACGAUUUCGCAGGCAUUUUCCACGACCCCAAUCCUUCCACUUUCCACGAUACUUCAGAGGAUCCGGCUGUGAUCCAUACCUCGACACGCUCCCUAAUCUCGGCCAGUUCGUCGACCCACGAGGCUGCGGGGACCGGCAACGCGCCCACCUCGUCCCUCCACCCCCGACGGUCCGCUUCAGGCGGUUUCAUUGGCCCUGCGGACGCCGAGGUGCCACCGUCCACCACCGCCACCAAGUCGACCCUGGAGCAGGCGGCGCCAUGCACCAUCACCUCAGGAACCACGCAUUUCGCUCUCAUCUCAGGGCCGUAUUCCUGGCCGAAGGAUCUGCUUCGCCAGGGCCAGGAUCGCUCCACGCUAAUGAGUUGGACCAAGGCGGCUUUUUCGAAGCGAAUACUGGCCGCGACUGACAAGAGCUUGCUACGGCACCUGCCCGAGAAUUUCAAGUGUACGUUAGUUGCAAGGCAACUGGAUCCGCGUAUCCUCGUUCCCCGACCCUGGAAUCUGUCUGAUCUCGAACUGCAAAACCCACUGAUCUUGUCGGCUCUUGACAUAUUCCUCGUUGAUGGAUGGUUAGGAUCUGAAGAAAGAUCCUCCCGUGUCGAUGUCUCUCUCGAGUCAACUGGCAUUGCCAUCACUACCAGCACCUCCACUGCCAAACCUGCAGCUGUCACCAUCACUGCCAACAUCGCCACCACCAUCACUGUCAACACUACUACCACUACAGCUGCCACCAUCGCCAUCGCUUCCACUACGAACAUCGCUACCAAUAUCGCCACGAGCACUACCGCCACCACCACUAACCUCUUCACCAUCACUAUCGCCACCAACAUAGCUACCAACACAGACAUCACUACUACCACCACAGCCGUCAACACCACUACAAACUUCGCCACCAACACCGGUCCAUCUAAUUCCUCGUUUACAGUGAUCCAAUCCUUCAUGGGCGAUCGCGCGGCCAAACUCAGUAAACCGGACCUCGCUUCGAUCAUCAUCCAACGCGCCAUCACCACGCCUGGUGUGCGAGACGAACUCUACGCCCAGCUCUGCAAACAGACGACCGGCAAUUACAACGCCGACAGUCUCAUGCGAGGCUGGGAGCUGCUCUGCAUUUGCCUCUACUUCUUCCCGCCCAACAAGGUCUUCCGUGAUCCCCUCCACGCCUACCUAACCGCCCGGUGCGAGGCUCUGUCCAUUGGCCUCGCACCGUCCGGCCUCCACACCUCGUCAACUGCCUCCUCCUCCGUGGCCGAGUCGACGGCCGCGAUUCGGCCAGGUCCGAGUCUGGCGGCGGCAGCAGCGCUGGCAGCUGGCAGCGACCCCGCCGCCCUCGUCUCCGCACCCAUCACACCCUCGUUCGGUGUGCCCCUGACGAACGGUGACGCCGGUGGCGACGCCAACUCCGUGGAACCCUCCGACGCACCGUCCAGCGAGUUCCCCUACGGUCCCUGGGUGAAGUUGUCGGCGUUGCACUUCACCAGGGCUGCGCCGCGGUGGUUCAUGCGUUCGGUCGCCGUCGGACCGAGUCGUUUGCCGAUGCCGCUUUCCAAGGAGGAGUUGCUGCACGUCAAGGAUUUCCUCUUGAAGCCGGGCAUUUUCGGCAGCAGUCUGGAGGAAAUGCUCAAGAUCCAGUCCUGCCGGUUCCCAUCGCUUCGACUGCCGUGGAUUCAGGUCUUCCUCACCGAGGAACUACUACGCCUCAAGGGCGCCAAAGCGGAAGGCAUUUUCCGUGUCUCCGCGGACCAGGACAUUUUGACUGCGGUUCGUUUCCAACUGGAGAAACUCUUCGAGGUGUUCCGUGUGGUCGAGGUGACCUCUCGUGACGCCGCACCCACCUACGCGAUCGUCCGUCCACCACCGCGAGGCUGGAGCCAGUCCCAGCUUGUCUUCGCUCCCGAGGGCAACGACGUGCCCUCUGCGAAUCCGACCCUACCUCGAAGUCCCCUACUUGAGUGUCCCGCGCUCACCGGAGCCUUCGAAUUGCCCCUCAAGCCCACCCCCAUCUCCCCGCGACCCGCCGAGUACAUGCUACUCACGCCUCGUGCCGUGUGGCCGGGGGAUCUUGGUAGUUUCGGGGAGUCGUCGAACGCGGACGAGAACAGUGCCUUCCUCGACCCCCACCUGUCUGCCGCCCUGUUGAAACUCUGGCUCCGAGAAAUGGCGACUCCCCUUGUUCCCCCCGGCCUCACCGCCGAGGUCUUCUCGGCCGCCGUGGAGGCGGACGCCUUCGAGAAAGCCGCCGUUCGCGACGGAAACCAGGUCUCGCAUCAGGCGCCGAUCGAUAAGUGUUGCGCCACGGUCAGACGUCUGCCUCGGACCAAUCGCAGGGUCUUAUUGUACCUCAUCAAGCUGUGUCAGUAUCUUGCACGACCCGAGAAUGCGUCGGCGUCUCUCAUGGACUCACGCAACCUCGCGACCGUGAUCGCGCCGAACCUCUUCCGUUCCACCACCAACAACCCGAGCGAGAUGCUGAACUCUGUCCAGUCCCAGACAGCCUUCGUCCGCCUCCUCAUCUGCCACCUCAACGUCGACGCCGAGGCCGACCUCUUGAACUCCGAGGAGGAGGCUGCUUCGGCAACAGCCACCGCCUUCUCCACGUCCUCCUCCUCCCGAUAG